UAUGGCAUACAAAUGCAGCCCGGUUAAUGUUUUUCUCAUUAUGUUAUUGUUAUUGUUGUUAUUUACUGUACAUACGAAAACUACGGCCACAUCUUUUACAAGAAGGAUUCAAAUUAUUACAAGCAAUACAUCAGUCAUAGGUGCGGUUAUGGACAUGACAUCUCGAGCUGGCAAAGAAGCUAGAGUUGCCAUGGAAACGGCGAUAGACGAUUUUAAUGCAAAAACAUCUCAAAACGCGACGUUGUACAUAAGAAACUCUAAAGGAAAUCUCUUUGGAGCAAUCCGUGAAGCAACAUAUCUUAUUAAUGGAUAUAAGGUGGAAGCAUUUUUAGGACUACAGACUAUGGAAGAAGUGCUUUCAAUUGGAGAGAUUGGUAGUAGAUAUCAAAUUCCAACUUUCUCUCUGCUUGAUUCAGUUCCUCAACGGGCACUAGACCGUUUGCCCUUCCUUUUUCAAGCAUCACCUUCUCAAUUUGGUCAAAUGAAAGCUUUUGUUGCAAUUAUGAAAUCCUUUCAGUGGAAUCGCUUUACUUUCAUAUAUGAGGAUAUCAAUUCAGCAUCAAGUGAAGUCAUCCAUCAUCUCAUGGAAACCAUCAAAGAAUCUGGUGUACAAAUGAACAAUAUGGUAAAGAUUUCACCUUUAGCCUCUUCUACUUCAUUGCUGGAAGAACUUGAAAGGAUCAAUAAAGAGCAAUGUAGAGUGUUUUUGGUUCAUGCCUCUUUGGAAAUGGGUCUUCGCCUUUUUCAAAAUGCAAAGAUCAUGGGAAUGAUGGAAAAGGGUUAUGUGUGGAUAACCACAAAUUUAAUUACAGAUCUUCUCCAUACCGUAAAUCCCUCUACCUUUUCCAUGAUGGAAGGCGUUGUGGGAAUUGGGAGUUUCUUCAUGGAUACUGGUUCACGGUUUAAUGAUUUUAGUACAAAGUUCCAAACAAGGUUUAAACUUGAGCAACCUAAAGAAGAAAGUUACAUGCCUGGGAUUUUUGCAGUGCAAGCCUAUGAUGCUACAUGGAUUGCGGCCUUAGCAUUGAGUAAAAAGAACAUGAGUGGGCAAAAGCUACUGGAUACAGUUUCAUCAAUAUCUUUUUCUGGGAUAACUGGUGAAGUUCAAUUUGUAGACAAGAAAUCCACUGCAUCACAUAGGUUUCACAUUAUCAACGUUAUAGGAAAAUACUACAGAGAACUUGGGUUCUGGUCUGAAGGACUUGGUUUUUCUGAGGUUGUUAAUGAUAGAGCUAAUUAUGACACCUCUUUGCAAAAUUUAGGUCACAUUUUUUGGCCCGGAAGACCAUUGCAUACGCCGAGAGGGUGGGCGAUUCCUACUAGCGUCAAUCCAAUGCGAGUUGGUGUGCCUACCAUGGCUGUUUUUAAAAAGUUUGUGGAAGUUAAAUAUGAUCAUAUGCAUCAUAACUUUACUUGCAUUGGAUAUUCAAUUGAGCUUUUCAAGGAAACUGUCAAACGGCUGCCAUAUUAUUUAUCUUAUGAAUUUCAUCCCUUUAAUGGAUCAUACGAUUCCUUGGUGGAGCAAGUUUAUCUCAAGAAAUUUGAUGCAGUAGUCGGUGAUGUCUCAGUAGUAUCAAAACGGUAUCAGUACGCUGAGUUCACACAUCCAUAUACAGAAACUGGUUUGAUGAUGGUAGUGCCGGUCAUAUCAUACCAUGAACAAUGGUUGUUUGUGAAGCCCUUCACAUUGGGCAUGUGGGCUCUAACUAUUGUGAUAUAUAUUUAUAAUGGCUUUGUGUUAUGGCUGAUUGAGCGGAAACACAGUCCUGAACUUCAAGGCUCCGCACUUAAUCAAGCUGGAAUUCUUCUAUGUCUAUCCUUUACUAGAUUAUUUUCUCUAGAUGGUGACCAACUUAAAAACAAUUUGACAAGAAUGAUAACCGUUGCAUGGCUCUUUGUAGCAAUAAUUGUUGGUCAGUGUUACACGGCUAGCCUCACCAGCAUGCUCACUGUUAGAAGGCUGGCACCUAGAGUAGCUGAUUAUGAGUCCCUGAAGAAUGCAAAUGCUGUGGUGGGGUACGGAAGAGGAGCCCAUGUGGCUAGUUACUUGGUGGAUGUCUUGGGUUUCAAGAACGAAAACAUUAGGGGCUUUACAUCCCCUGAAGAAUAUGCUCACGCCCUUCGAAACAAAGAAAUAGCAGCAGUUUUCCUUGAGGCUCCUUUUUCUAAACUCUUUCUUGCCAGGUACUGUAAAAGCUUCAUGGUAGCAGCUACAUUCGGAGAAGGAGGAUUCGCAUUUCUACUUCCUAGAGGUUCUUUUAUGGUCACUGAUUUUACAAAGGCACUACUAAAUGUAUCUGAAAGUGGCACUCUCCAAACCAUAGAGAAAAGAAUGCUUGGUUCUGAACAGUGUGUAGACAUGGAAUCUGACCAUGAUGAAUAUGGGAGGUUGGGUCUUAGUAGCUUUUGGUCGCUUUUCAUUUUGACAGGUAGCACAUCGACUAUUGCUCUUGUUAUCCAUGUCAUCCUUACCUUGCGAGAUCAUUUCAGAUAUUAGAAAAUAUGUUUUGCAUCUGCAAAUGAUACGGUUCUCCAAGAAAGUUAGCGAUGUAGGAAAUCAUUUCAGAUGUCGGUCAUUUGAUCUGAUUUAGUAUACAUGUAUUAGGAAUUAGCGAAGAUUAAAAUGAAUAGUUAUGUGUAUAAAAUGAAAUUUGAUAAAAUGCAUCAAUCUAAUAUGCGCGUGCAUGUAUUUUUGUGUA